CAAAUACACUUCCUGGUGUUGAACACGAUGACUGAUAAAGUUGAAUUUUAAUCAUGGCAGCCUCUGAUCCAUUUUGCUUAGUUUGUGAGCAGAGUCAUGUUGUAAAACCUGCAGUCAUAUGGUGUAAUAUAUGCGAAGGACUAUGUGAAGAAUGUAGUGUAGUCCAUAGAUUUAUUAAAGAUUGUUCAUCACCAUUGCAUACCACUAUUUCGGUAGACAACCGCAAGAAAUUACCAACAUUCAUUGCGGAAAUAAAACAGAUCUGCGACGACCACAGUGAACCAUAUGUGUUAUAUUGCUCUAUUCACAACGAACCCUGUUGUUCACAAUGUAGUUCUACAAAGCAUUCAACUUGCUCAGGUUUCCGUUCGCUAGAGGUAAUGACUAAGAAUGCAGCAGAUUCGGCAUCUCUGACCGAUGUCGAAAACGGCAUUGAUCGACUCAGUAAAAAUUGUGAGAUUGUUAGAAGCAACAGAGAAACUGCAUUGACAAAAUAUCAAGACGAAGUAAACAGUUUGAAGUCCAGUUUGAAAACUUUACAUGAUAACAUGAUAAAGGUAUUUGAUCAAAUGGAGAAGGAUAUAAUCGUCAAGGUCGAUAAAAUCGGGAAACCAUACACAGAGGAAAUGGAAAAUAUUACAUCUGUACUGACAAAUCUUAAUUUGCGAUUAGAAGACAUGCGCAACGGUUUAACAACUAUGAAAUUAUUCGGAAGCAGUUAUCAGAUUUUCGCUGGGACAGGGAAAUUGAGGACUGAGCUCGAUAAAGAAGAACGUAUUUUGGAGGCUCUCCUUAUUGACGGCAAAGUAUUAAGACAAAAAGACAUUACAUUUAAGUUUGAAUUUGCUUCGUUGCCAGCGGUAGUUAAAAAGGCAGUGAAUUUUGAAACUGAAGAGACUAAUUGUACUCUACAACUAUUGAGAAAUCAGUCAAUUCAAAUUAAACUAAGUUGGUAAGUCACAAAAUUUAUACAAUUGAAGAUAUCAAAUUUGAUAAGGUGAAAUCGUUUGAUUUGUCGAAUCCUGGAUCUGAAAGAUUUGUCGCUGGGUGUAUAUUUUUACGCGAAGGAAGAUUUGCGUUUACUGACUGGAGCAAUAAUAAAGAGGUCGUCAUGUGCAAAGAGGAUGGGGUAGUUGUCAAAACAUUUUAUCAGAGAGGCAAACCUUACGGAAUUUCUCGUUAUUCUCAGCAUUCAAUUGCAAUUACGAUUCCAGAUUUAAAGGAAAGUAUUCUGAUUGAUUUAGAGACAGCCGAAGAGAAAGGUAAAAUAUCAUUCGAAAAGAAAUGUUGGGGAGUUACAUCGGAUGGUACACAACGAUAUAUAAGGGCAUAUGAAGGCGGUAUUCAAUGCGUUGAUGAUGACGGAAAACCCCUGAAAAUCUUACCUUUAGAAGGAUUUAUCACUCAUAUUGCCUAUUCUGACGGAAAAUUGUACUACACCCAACACAAUCCGAAUUUAGUCAAGUGUUGUACUAUUGAUGGGGAAGCGGUAUGGCAAUUAUCAACAGAUGGAGAACCUCACGGGAUAACUGUGGGAAAACACGGUUUUGUUUUCGUUGCUCUAUUGACAAGUAAUAAAGUAAUAGCAAUCAGUCCAAAUGGAAUAUCAACAAAAGACAUAACAUCUAGUUUUAAUGAUUUCUGUUCUCCUUAUGCAGUAGAUUACGAUGUAGACAGGGAUAAAUUGCUAGUAGCAAAGGAUAAAACUGGCGUAUUCGAAAUAUACGAUGUUUUGUUUGAAUAAGAAAAACAACCGGUAAAAGGAGUUCAAUGACACUUAUAUUUACACACAAAAUUAAUACUCUUAUUGAAGAAGACAUAAAGUGUUCUCAGUUUCACAUCAUUCAAGUGCCACUUGUAUGUAAAACGUCUAAAAGGUUAUCCAACGUCAUUUUGCUUUUGGACUAUUACAGAGCAUUUUAAAACACAAAGAAAGACUUGGGAUCAAUUAUCAUAAAAAACAAUACCAGAUUGGUUUGAUCACAAUAAAUCAGAUCUCUCAUUCGUAAAUUUGCUGAAAAUUACUAAGUUCCAAUGUCUUGAGAAAUAUGCCAAAGGUCCCAAAAUAGUUCCAUAAUCAUUAUAAUAGCAAAUGCUAAACUUCUAUAUGUGUGCAACGGGUGUGAAGUUUCGAGGGUAUGGUUUGAAAUCCGUACGAGGAGUAGAUUACAGAAAACUGGCGCAAUCUCUUUUAAAUUUAGCUGCAUAAUAACUAGUUUCCGAGUCUGAAAAAAGAACGAAAAUUACCAUAAUAACAGGUUGUCAUCUUCAACGUGUGGCGUUUUUCUGUGGGGUUCCUGGAAUGUGGGUUGAAAAUGGAAGCAGGCGUUAAUCAACAACAAGUUUAUAGGUACCUACUUUUCCAGAUAGCUCGCCUGCCAAUCCGCCCGAAAUCACUAUACUAAUAAUCAGGUUUGGACUUCGCCUAACCCGAACAAAAUUAUUAAUAUCAUACAAAUUCCUAUGUUUUUCUACACCCAGACGUAAAUAGCCUAAGUAACAUUUGAGAACACUUUGUAAUUGCUGUUAUUGAUGAGUCUUAAGGUGACGAAAUGCGUAUUUGUCGUAUUAAAGUUGAAGUUUAAUAUC